AUGAGGCAAUCCCCAACUUACACAAGCACCACACCCCUGGACUUCGCCAACUCUUUACUUUUAAAGGAGCGCUCCGGCUCCUCCCGCCCUGCAGGGAGCGCUCCGGCUCCUCCCGCCCUGCAGGGGAGCGCUCCGGCUCCUCCCGCCCUGCAGGGAGGGCUCCGAGUCCUCCCGUCCUGCAGGGAGGGCUCCGGCUCCACCCCCUCCCACGCUGAUUGGAGGGGAUCUGGCUCCGCCCUCCGGUCCUGCAGUGUGCGCUCUGACUCCUCCUGUCCUGCAGGUUGCGCUCUGGCUCCGCACCGCCCGCUCUCCCGGCGUGUCCUCCGAGCGUCUCUUCUCAACUCGCCUCUGGGCCUCGCUUUGUCCGCCGCGUUGACGUCAGCGCUUCGCCCUGCCUCGCGGCGCCGGUCUCACCCCGACCCCUGGCUCCCCCAGCUCCGCGCCAUCGGGUUCGGGUAUCCUCCUCCGGGUCGGUCCUCCGAGCGGGACCUCUUGAUCCGACCGCUGCUCUUUGGUCAGGUGCCGGUCCCGCCCCCUUCCGGUGACGGACACGGCAGCCCCGGGGAGCUGAGUCUUGCCUGGACUGUCAUGAAGGAGAGGGAGAUGCCAGGCGCAGGCUCCAAACGUGCCGCGGCAGACCCUCCGCCGGGGCCUCCCGAGAAGUCAGCCAACCUGGAGGAAUCAGCGGGGAGCUCGGGAGCCAAGGUGGAGACCAUCAAACUGGGGAGCGACACAUCUACGGAGGAGCUCGACAUCCGGACUCUCCAGAACAAAAACCGGAAGCUUGCCGAAGUGAUCGAUCAGCGACAGACCAUCGAGGACGAGCUGAGGGAGCAGAUCGAGAAGCUGGUGAAACGGCAAGCAACAGAUGACGCCACCCUUCUCAUUCUGAACCGUUACUGGUGCCAGGACAGAGAUAGCACAGUGUUAGAUAUGGCAGAAAGCUGCGUCCACACCAUUCCCAUCGCAGGACAGGGACAGCACAGCGUUAGAUAUGGAGUAAAGCUACUUCUACUCUGUCCCCAUUCACACGCUCAGAGCACUGAGACAGCACAGCAUUAA